ACGGAACGAGUGAAAGUUGGAGGAUUGUUGUUCAUGGAGGAAGAUGCCGCACUGACAGACACAGUUUAGGGUUCCAUCCGUUGACUCAGCGGAAAGCAGUGCAGCAGCUACAAUUAUAUAUGUACAUAUAUCGCUACCUGUAUCUGUAUCUGUUUUUUACUCAUCCGCUAACCGCAAGCUGCGAUGAGAGCCGUUGUUGUAUGUAGAUGCAAUAAUUGUUGCUGUUUCCACUGCGUGACAAUGAUUGCACAAUGGAAUCAAUUGUUAUAAUGGAAUUAGCGUGCACCGUCAGUCCCAGUGCCAGCCCCAGCCCUAGCCCCGGCCCGGCCCCGUUCACGAGGUCCCGCCACGUCUAGCCGAAAGAGCCAUGACUUGGCCAGCCAGAAAGUACGGGGAAAAGCGAGGGAAUGUGCGACCCAAGAUACAAAUACAAGUGCAAAUAUCAGUAAAUGCCCGUAAAAAUGUCUAAUUUAGCCAGUGCGGGGGGGGAGGGGUAACAACUGAACUUGACUGAACCUCUGCUUCUGCCUCUGCCUCUUGCACGAACCUUGUGAUACGAUACGCUCCAAAAACGCUGACAAAGAAAAUAGAAAUGGGGAAUACAGUGAAAGCAUUCGAAUAAUCGCACCUCAGCUCUUUUUCUCUUGAUUUCUCAACUUGUGAAACAUUUUUAUGCAUGUCUCGCGGAUUUGUGAUCUUUUGAAAAAGUGACAACUCAUUGAUUGCCCAUCGAAUAACCGCUAAGCAAACAAAACCCAACCCCAGAGAUACGACACGCUCGAAACAGAGCUGGGGAAUGGCCCUAAGAUUCAGUGAAUGAUUCAGUGAUUCAUGGGUAUCGUAUUCAGUGAUACAUUCAAUCCAUUAAGGGUAUCCAUAGCUGAUAUAUACAGGCAAGACAAGCCCUUUCACUUCUUGCCCAACACUCGUGUUGGGUCUGUUUCCCUAUAUAGUAUAUAGUACAUCAUACAAUUGUCUCUCAAGACAACAUUUACAUGCGCCGCCAGCUGCGACAACAACAGCCCCACAGAAACGACAAUCGAAAAGGGGGGCACGUUUUGGAUGCACAAGACACGAGUUCCUACUCAAGUGCCGGCCACUUAACACCCUCCGAGAUGCUCAACCGACAGCCCGACUACAACAUCUCCGAUUUGGGCUAUCCCUGGCCAUGCGAUUCCCACAUGAAGAUGCGAAGAAAGCUCCCAAAGGCCUGUGGCAUGCCUCCAGCAUCGCCCAGCCGCCUGCUGCCCGUGCGGGAGACGCUCAACGACUACUUCCAGCGGCUGAUCAGGCAGGAGGAGGACCAGGAUGACCUACAGGCCCGACAGAAGCACCACAAGAAUCAGUGGAACGAACAGCAACGGAGGCGCAAUCAAAAAUGUCGAGAUAAAGGGGAGACGGCCACAGCCACAGGCACAGCCACAGCCACAACCACAGCGACGACGACGACGAUGUCGACUUGCGAUUUGAACAAUUUCUGAUGAAGAUACGGAUGGUACACGAGGGGGGAAUACGAGUAUAGUAGGGGGAGCAACUAAUUUAAAGCCGACUGAUUAAAAGUGCUACAAUAAAUACACCUUUUUGCCUAGAACUUUAAGUACAUUAAGCGUUAAGUAAAGAAGAACAGAACCCGAUAAA